AUGUUUGGUGAUACAAGAUAUUUAUCAAAUAAAAUGUGUAGUCUAAUCAAGGAAAAGAAUAUUGAAAUUUAUACUGAACAAAAUCGAAAAAUCUGUGAAAGUACAAAUUUGAUUUCAAACAGUCACUCAGCUGUUACUAAUGAUACACAUCCUUCAUCACAAGCUAGUUCUAAUUUAUUAUCUGCUCCACUUGAAGAUGUUUAUUCAUUACAUAAUAAUAAUUUAAAAAUCAAUACAACUAUUACAUCUACAGAGUCCGAUGAUACAGUUAAAAAAUCUUCAUCAAAUGUUGAUUGUCAAAAAAAAUCUGAACAUUUUUGA